UCGCAAAUUUCUUCUCCUCGCUGGGAGAUAUAAAAACAAUCGAUAUUUCUGUUUAUCCUGGAUAAAAUCAAUUGUUUCGUGAGCGUGGAACAACUGAGAGUUGUUGAUUUGUGCGUCAAACAGGAAACUGCUUUGUAUAAAUCUCCGAGUGUGGCCUCCAUCCGAUAGAUGUAGAAACAAAUUUGUGAUAAUUCUAGAAUGUUACAAACGCACUGUAAUAAAUGCAAAUUGAUAAGAAAUUGUGAUGGUGUCUAAAUACAUCUUAAAAAUUGAAAAUGGUAUGACGAUGACCAGUGAGGGCAGUACGGAUUCCGUAUCGAAGAGUGUAGAUGAUAUUCUAUUGAAUUCUUGACCAGGGUAGAAACAGAAAAUGUGAAGUGGAAAUGAAGAAAAUUUAUAACCUAAAUAGUCACCAUAAGGAGGGACAAGAGCAGUCCAAAAAAAUUUAUAGAUCAAUAAGCGAUCAAGGCAAACGUUUAGAUGAUGCAAGAGCAUGUGCCAACAAAAUUCUUGAUCUUUUCAAGCCAUCAGUCCAGGUGCUGCGCAGCAAACUGCAAGAGUACUGUGAAAGAUUGAUAUUCAAAGAACCAUUAACAUUUGGUCUGAAAGCUGAAGAACACUUGUGGAGGAAGUGUUACUAUGAUGUGAUCUCGACAUCGAAGAUCCUCAGAAAUAAAGAUUACACAAUUGAAGAGAAAUCUAGUCUUAUAGCACACAUUAAUGCUGGUAUAGGACAUUACCAUCAUUUCAUCUCUAAGCUACAAACAGAAUACAAUGUACCUUUGGAAGGGAGUGUUGAUUUUUAUCUUAUUACAUCCAAAUCAGAUGCAAAUGAUAAAAUCCUCGAAUGGGCUUCCAUGUCCAUUCAUAGAUCAUUGAUAUAUUUGGGAGACUUGUGCAGAUACAAGCUUGAAAUAUACCCGAAUUGGGAUCCAAACCUAGCCAUAAGAUACUAUUCUCAGGCGCUUCACUUAAAUCCAGAUAAUGGAAUGCCACACAAUCAAAUUGGUACAUUGGCGUCUUCCCUUAAUCAACAUUUGGAUGCCAUAUAUCAUUACAUACAGUGUAUGAUGUGCAAAAAAUCGUUUGAGGGUACCGAAAACAACCUGCAUCGGCUAUUUGAAAAGAAUUCACAGUAUUUAGAACAAAUACCUAUUGAAAAUCCAGAAGCCGAUUGCAUAAUAGAAAUCGAGCCGAACGAACGCAUUAAACGCUUUGUAGCCAGAUUCCUUUUAUUAACUGACAUUUGGUUUUUUAAUAAAAAAAUCUCGCACAUUUACGACCUUUGUCACCAAACGAACGUUGAAUUACAGGAAUGUUUGUCUUAUUCAAAGCCAGUGCCCAGCGAGAGCAGCGGAUCACAAAACGGCGAUCAAACGGAUUCGGAUUCCGUGGUAACUCCAGCUUACUUAUCCGCCGACAUGAUAUUUAAAAUAGUCGUUAUUUGCCUUUUGUGCAUUACAAAGCUUCAAAAGGAGAAGGACUCGCAGCAUUUGUCCAGCAUCGUCGCAUUUACUUUGGCGGUGUAUUCCCAAUUAAUACAACAUACGUUGAAUCACAUCCAAGAAGGUGUUCUGAACAGUCAGAUACCGGAAAAGAAUCAGAAAAAGAAGGUUUUGCGAAGACGCAAGAAGUUUCUGCGCGACAGCGACGAAGAAUCCGAUGUAAGCGAUAUUGAGCUAUCCGAUUCUGAAAGUGAAGAUGAGAGCAUACCGGAAGUACUUGAAUCCAGCUCGGAGGAGGAAGAAGAGGAUCAAGUCAAUAACGAAGAAAUUAAUAAAGAGGAUGAUUUGCAAUCGCUUGCGGCGCUGCUGAAGAGGUCCAAACUUAUAGACGUGGACAUGAUGAUUGAUAUUGUAAAAGAUGAGAGUUACAUGCCGAGCAUUAAGGUUCUAUCCGACUGGUUGAUGAACGAUUUGGACGUAUUACAUUCAUGCGGAAAGAAUACGCGUUCGUUGUUCGGGCAAUUGUGCAACUUGCUCAAUUUUAUAAACAUCGACCAAAAGCGGAUCCAGUCUAAAUUGAAGUUGGAUUUCGGAAAGAAGGAGAACCUGAACAUUGCAUUGCCCGAAGAUUUGCUGCUGAAGGGCUGUAACAUUAAGAAUGCUCAGAGCGAGUUAAGAUACGGAAUCGUUUUGAGCAAAAACGAUGAAAUCUUCGUGAGAUCAAUGAAACUGAUCUGCUUCGGGGAAUAUUUGGCACGGCAUGUCGAAACCGGCGUUGGCUACGAUGCAAAGAGCAGAGAGUUCUCUGUUAUGAUUGGAUCGUCGGAGAACGAGCAGAUGGAUUCGCCGGCUAUUUUUGAUGAAAUGGAAAUGCCGGAUGCUGAUGCGAACAAUGCGCAGUGCAAACAGGAGAGAGAAACGAAGGGCCAAUUGAUGAAGAACAUGGGACAGCUAUGGUUGGCGGCAGAGGUGAAGGAUUUAGAGUUGCGAGUGAAGGGGAAAAUGUCGCUAUCUCCAUAUUUGGUCGUCGACGUGGAAGCCUUAAUCAAACACAUUUAUAUGGUUAAGCAGCUAGUCUACUCGAAAAAGUUCAUCGUGUUGGUGCCGUCUGCUGUGCUGUCCGCCCUUGAUGAUCAGAAAAAGGAGAAGCCGGAGGCGAGGGAAGCGAUCCGAUGGUUGGAGAAACAGUUCGGUCAGGGCAAUAGGUUUUUCCGGUCGCAGAGGCCGCAGGAGCAUCGUCCCAUUCCGUUCAUCAAAUAUCCCAAAAAGAAGGACAAGGAUGCCUUCAUUUACAUACAAAUUAUAGAGUGCUGCCAUUACUUGGUGGAGCAACAGAAGGGCGCCACCAAUUUAGUCACGCUCCUAAUGGGCGACGUAAACGCUUUGCAUAACACGGAAAACAGGGAGAUUAGCUACGUGGGAUUAGCCCAAUCGGCCGGCGUUAAUCUCGAGGUGAUCACCGAUUUUUACGGCAAAUGGAAGAAGGGUGGCAAAAACAAGAGGUGAACACAAAACGGGAGUCGUGGGAACGGAUUCCUGGUGGAUAUCUAUCUGUCACUCUUUUGGCACGGGAGUAGCUUACGAAAAUUGGAGUACGUCGACGGGGCGGAAAUAUAGUUCUUUUAGAUUAUUUUAUUAUGAUUUUUUUUACAGACAAUUAAUUUUCAGGGAUCAAAGCCAUAUUAAUUAUGUUUUAUUUUAUUAUUGAAAUCAGAAAAGAAAUGGUUGGAAAAGCAAUUCAAGCCUAUGCAUUUUGAUUAGUUUCGAUUUUAAGUUUUAUUU